AUAAGAGGAACAUAAUUAAUGUUUAUAAAUCAAAUGAUCUGUUUUUAAUCUCAUUCUCCAAAAACCUCUUCUUCUUCUUUUUUUGUGAACUUCAAACUCUCUCUCUCUCUCUCUCUCUCUCUCUCCUGCAGUUGACCAGCUCCAAAUGUGUAGAAAGAAAAAAAUGAAGGGAAGGAGAUUGAGGGGAAAGCUUCACAUAUAUUCCAAAACCUUGGAAGUAGGAAUAGGAAUGGUACCUAUUCUUCCAAGCAAUGAAAGACUUGUAGCUUGGGAUUGGAAGAAAGUCUCCUCAAUUACCACCACCACAUCCGGUCCACAUUUAGAAAAAGAAACUUCACAUAAAAACUGAUCCGAGCAAGGCAGCUGAGAGAUGAGCGCCAACACCAAACACCAAACACCCUGAGUAAUCUCCAAGCCUUCUCCCAUCCUAUUUUGCAAUUCUCCGUUUCCAGGCUCCCAUUUGUUCAUGGACAAACCCCGGCAACACGGGUUUGCGCUCCUCUGCUCCUCCAUGCUCUUCCUCGCCUCCGUCGCCGUCGCAUCCUGUGUCGCUGCAGAGUUUAAAAGAACAAAGAAAGAGGAUAUAAAGUUGGAUGGGAAGCUGUGCUCUUUGCCAGGUAGUAAUGCAUUUGGGCUGGGAGUGGCAGCUUUGAUAUGUGUUUCCAUAGCUCAGGUAGUGGGGAAUUUGGUGAUAUGCAGGCACUUCUGUUUGGGAAAGAAUGGAAGAAUCUGCAAUAGGAGAAGAACCAGGAUUUCGAACGCUGCUCUUCUGGCUGUCUCCUGGAUGAGCUAUGGAGUAACGGUGGUAUUGGUGGGCACAGCCAGCAGCAUGAACAGAAGACAGGCCUACGGAGAAGGGUGGGUAGAGGGAGAGUGCUACGCGGUGAGAGAUGGCGUAUUCGUUGGGUCGGCGGUGCUCGUCUUAGUCGCCGUAAGUACGACGCUCGCGGCCCUCCUCCUAACCAGGAGGAAGCCCCAUCUGGAACGAGGCCAGAAAGUGCAUGCUCAGGUGCCACCAGAUGGGUCACAGAGGAAUCAAUGUUUAUAGACCAACAGCCACAUUACAACCCCCUCCCCCCACUCUUUUUAUCUAGAGCAACCCAUUCUUUCGGCUUUCCUCCUCCUCCUCCUCUUCUCUUGCUUUUUCUUUUCUUUUUCAUUUGAAGGAACCCUUUUUUUUGCCUUUCUUUUUUGUUUUAUUCCUGCUUUUUUUCUUGGAGGAGCGAGGGGGUUUUGGAAAGGAACUUUUACCAGGUACAGAGGUAUUAACAAUACUUGGGGAGAUGGAGGAGAGAGGGAAAUGGCUUGUGGCAACUGAGGAAUCCAAUCCAGAUCCCCACCACACGUCAAGAAGAAAAUAAUUAUCAACAGUGCUGAAGGAGAUGUUUUGUUUGUCUUUUAAAAUAUAAUAUCAAUAAACAAGUGGUUGAGAUGGAUGAAGCCUCCACCGCUAACCACAUUUGGAUAGAAUUUGACCUUUGUUUUUGGCAUCCAGUGUACGGCUUCUUUUUUGAAAAUGCAAUGCAUCUAUGCUUUAAUCGGCCAACAAA